CACCGAAGCAGCCGGGAGCGUCCGUCUUCAACUUCAACGUCGCCUUCACAUCCGCGCUCUCUGCCUUGCGCAGGCUAUAAAUGCACAGUUAUUUGCUACGAUGGAUAUCGCAAGCCGUGGUGCGCCUGUAGGCUCCAUCAUAUUUUCCGUAUUUGCGCUCCUUUUCAUAUCCCUCAUCGUUCUCCUGAUCUUACGACACUAUCUUCCCCUGCGCACGACACCAGCGUUCUAUCUUAUUCCGAUAUUCUUUGCUCUCUGGCUUCCAUCGGUCACUGUGCUUCUUGUUCCUAUCGAUCUUGCAUCUAGUGCAGCGACAGAUGAUGAGGCUACAAGAGGAAUUUGGCUACCUGGAAGGGUCAUUCUUGUUGCUUGGAGAAUCACAUACUGGCUAACUUUCUGUCUAACUUGGUUCCUCCUACCGAUUUUAGAUGAAUACUCCGACUCUGGCUACCGGGAGCCGCAGGAUAAACUUCGACAUUCGCUCCGCGAAAAUGCCCAAUUUUACGCCAUGACUCUUGGCGCGUCAUUUGUCGGGCUGCUAUAUAUCAUCAUACAAUAUGGCUUCAAAUUCGAGUUUAUCAAAGCUCUCGUCAUGGCCCUUGCUUACUCCUGGGGUCUUAUCUUGGCCAUCUACCUGAUGGGACAUGGACUCGUUUCCAUCCCUCGGCGAUUGAUUCGAGAUGCGACUCUGAGCAGUAAGCUGCGACGACUACAAACGAAGGCGCCUGCGUUAUUCGAAAAGAUGGGCGAUGCUGCAGCAGACCUAGAAGAAAUAGAGGCUCAGAUUUUUGAACUCGGUAAGCGCAAGAUUGGCAGCGCCGCCGAUUACCAGGAUUGGAUCGAGGAGCUACACGACAUAGCGAACAUUUCGCCGGCUCAUCCGCCCCGCGACGGAAGCGAUCCUCACGGCACCAACCGCAUAAUACCAACUGUUAUCACCGACAAAUAUCUCGCUGAGCUCACGAGACGAACCAUUCGGGCCAGGCACACGAGCUCGCGAUAUGCGAGCGAGUGGCAUCGCCUUGUUCAAGAAGCGAGCACGACGCAAAAGAUUUUAGAUUCUGCAGCUUCCAAGAAGCUAGAACUUGGGAUGGCUGGGCCGCAUGAAAGCGGAGCUAUGAGCUUCAGCUUUCUUACUCCAUACCAGCGGCAUAUUUGGUGCUACUAUGCAGCACCAUAUUUACAGCUUGCGAUGGGAUUCGUACUUGCGGGCGCAUCAGCCUGCAUCGUAUGGUCUGAAGUAGUAAAGGUGGCAUUUCCGAAGCUGUCCGUUAUCAGCGUCACCGUUGUGCACCACUGGGUCGGGGAUAAGGCUGAAAUCGGCUUGGCUGGUCAGGUUAUAUCUGCCAUGUGGAUUUGCUACAUGUGCGCUGCCGCAUUUAUAUCCAUGACUGAGGUCAAGGUUUGGCGAGGCCGUGCGCUAGUUAAGCGCAAUACCUCUUAUGAAUCUGCAUUUUGGUAUGCAUCCCAAGUUGCCAAGCUCACCAUUCCUCUAGUCUACAACUUCUUGACUUUCCUAUCUACCGACAUUUACGAAAAGACGACUUUCUACCACUUCCUCGGCAAGCUGAUCAACCUAACAGCGCUUGGUGGCUGGUUCGAUGACUUAUUUCCCAUAUUCGUUCUGUUCCCCGUCUGCGCCACCAUGUUUGGCUUGUACGGCAGGGUCAAGCGCAUGUUUGUUGGCAUUGACCUCAUGGAUGAUGAGGAUGAAGAAAAUCCGUCCAGCUUUGGAACUGGUACAUGGCGAGAAGGUCGAAGCCUCAUUGAACGCGAGCUUAACGGGGAGUCUAUCCGUCGGCGCGAAGACUUGUAUGCACGUCUUGAAAACGCCGGAAGUGGUAGCAACAGAAGCCUGCCUGUGCUGUCUGUACCCCCAGCACAGGGAGGAAGCAGCUCUCGCCUACCUGUCCCAUCAUCCAUGGGUAUUUCAUCCGCGUCACCAUCAACGCGUGGCCGGUAUCUGGAUGAACCUCCAGAGAACGAGAGCUUCCUUCAGCUGUUAGGUCACAGGAUGAAGAAUACGAUGGACGGUAUCGAAGCACCAAAGUGGUUCACAGAUAUCGGUCAGGGUAUCCAGAGACCUAAGUGGAUGGCACCCAAUUACUCACAAAACAACGGCCAAAGUCGAGGUGCAGACUCCGAUCUUCGAUCAUGGUUUGGCGGUGGAGGCAGUAGCAGUAACACCAACAGAGGUGGAGGUGCUAGCGAUAAUGGCGGACAGAUUCGCCUUGGUUAAUGACUUGCAUAUGCUGUAGCGUGCCUUGAAGCACAUAAUUUUGGAGUUUGGGGUUCCGAGUACAUCUUUGUUUUGUCAGCGGCAUCGCAUGUGUAGCAACAUAGUUUAUAGAAACUUCAUUGGAUAUAUUACUAAGAAACCAAUCAUUGUACUCCCUCUGUUAUACGACAUAUAGGCAUCAUAACCUAUUCCCAAAUCUAAUA